AUGGCUGGUCCCGAGGAGAUAAAGUUCCGUCCGGCUCAGCAGGAAACGCUGGCCACCGAGGCGGCGCGCGGAGGUCACCCGCCCGGCGCUGUGGCCCAGAGCAGGGUUUCAGGGUGCGGCGUCGCGGCUCUUGGGCGGAUGUGCGCCCAAGGGAGCCCGAGGUCACACUCAAGGGAAACCAGGGGGCGACCGACUAGCCCCUCGCCCCCAGUGCCCACCGCGCAACCUACCUUGGAGCUGCUGGCCGGCGCCCGCCGCCACCUGCCCGCAACCGCGCACCUGCCCAGGCCUGCCGCGCGGCUGGCAGACCGUGACAGACAUGACCUGAUUGUGAGCAGCAUGUGGGCAGCUCUGGGGCUGUCCCUGACCAGCAUCUCAGCCCUCAGCCUGGUCUCCCCUGCCUGGUUUCAGACUCCCACCUUCUCCUUUGGCGUCCUCACCUACUGCUCCUGGACACAGGGUAGUCAGAGCUGUGAAACCUUUGCAUCCCUGAAUAAUAUUCCUGACAAUACCUGGAAGGUCUCAGCUGUGAUGCUCCUGGCUGGCUGGCUCCUGUUGGCCUUCAAUUCAAUCCUUCUUCUGUCCUGGGUCCUGUCACCCAAAGGUCUGUGGCCACAAAGGGGCAGUGGCCCAGCUCCAGGAGUGCAGUCAAGAGCAGAUAUAGCCACUGUCGUAGGCCUGCUGCUUUUCCCCAUAAGCUUGGCCUCCCCAUUCAGCAAGAAAGCCUCCUCCGUAGACCACAGUGGGCAGUGCCAACCGGGCUGGGGCUAGGUGACAGCCAUCCUCAGUGUAGUCCUGGCCAAUCUCCUGUCCGUCAUUGGAUGUCCCUGGAAAACCGAGGUUCAGGGGAAGACCAUCUUCUUCUCCAGUGACACCGCGACUAUCACCUUUAAACCAGAGACCAGCAAAGUUAGGUGUCAUGGGGUCAGUGCCAACUCACAGUGA